UGCUUCCGUGUGACGUCACGAGAUCCCAGGAGCUGCUUCUGUGCGCACAACUCCCUCGGAUCGGAGAAUCAAUCACAUGGAGAAGAGAGGCUCAGCUGGAAGUAAAAGACACCAAUGCAUCCAGUGUCCAUACAGCACAGAUGAGAUGUGUAACUUGAAGAGACAUCAGACAAAACACACUGGCGAGAAGCCCUUUAAGUGCAGUGUGUGUGGGAAGUCAUUUGCUCAAUCAAAAACUCUUAAAAUUCAUCAGAGAACACACACAGGCGAGAAGCCCUUCAAGUGCAGUGUAUGUGGUAAGGCAUUUUCAGAGUCAGAAUAUCUUAAGAAACAUAAUACAACACACACGGGCGAGAAGCCCUUCAAGUGCACUGUGUGUGGCAAGACAUUUGCUCGUUCACAAACUCUUCAUAUUCAUCAGAGAACACACACCGGUGAGAAGCCCUUCAAGUGCACUGUUUGUGGGAAGGCAUUUGCACAUUCAAACAUUCUUCGUGUUCAUCGGCGAACACACACCGGUGAAAAGCCCUUCAAGUGCACUGUGUGUGGGAAGGCAUUUGCUCGUUCAGUAACUCUUCAUAAUCAUCAGAGAACACACACCGGUGAGAAGCCCUUCAAGUGCACUGUGUGUGGGAAGGCAUUUGCACAUUCAAACAUUCUUCGUGUUCAUCAGCGAAGACACACCGGUGAGAAGCCCUUCAAGUGCACUGUGUGUGGGAAGUCAUUUGCUCAUUCAAAAACUCUUAAAAUUCAUCAGAGAACACACACAGGCGAGAAGCCCUUCAAGUGCAGUGUAUGUGGUAAGGCAUUUGCAGAGUCAGCAUAUCUUAAGAAACAUAAUAGAACACAUACGGGCGAGAAGCCCUUUAAGUGCAUUGUGUGUGGGAAGGAAUUUGCUCAUUCAAAAACUUUUCGUGUUCAUCAGAGAACACACCAAGUGCAUAAGUCAUACAAGUGCUUGAUGUAUGGGAAGGCAUUGGCUCAUUCAAAAUCUCUUAAGAAACAUAAGACAACACAUUCAGGUAAGAAUCCUUUCAAGUGCACUCUCUGUGGGAAGGAAUUUACAUUAUCAGGAAACUUAAAGAGGCAUGAGAAGAUCCACAAGGAGAAAGUGAAAUCGACUUGUGAAAAUCAACAUGCUGCAAUGAGCCCAUCUCUCAUGAAACACGAAUCAGAAGAAAAUUCCAACUUGGCAACAUGGCCAGGAGUGACAGUGAAAUGUGAAGAAGUGAAAUGUGAAGAAGUGACAGUGAAAUGUGAAUAUCAAGAUUCGACUCCAGGACCCAAUCUACAAGUGGAUGGAGGCAGCGUGAAGCAGGAGGAGCAUUCUGAUUCCGAGGGAGAGAGAGGCAAUCCCCAGCAGUUUGUGGAUGUGGAGGUGUGGGUGGAGUUUUUGGACAAAGCUGAGUAGGAGGGGACGGCACGUGUGAAAUGGCACCUUGGAAGAUGUAUAACCUGGAGUUGGAGACGAUUUCCCAUAGCAUUCGCCUUAUUCACAGGAUUCUAUAAUUUCAAGAAUGCAUAGGGGUGUAGGUGUCAUCCAAGCAUAGAUGGGCUUUCUGUACAGAUAAAGUUAUUGAGUGUCGAAGUGAAAUAGUCGAUAUGCAAAGCAUUAUGCUGCCUUAUAAAACACGAAUUAGGAAUGCAUUUUAAUGGUUACGUAUUAAAUGAAUAAGUAUUAAUUAUAACUGUUUGCAUUACUAUUAAAGUGGCUGUCUGGUGUGGCCGUGCUUUUCUGCAUGCUCCCAGUCUGUUUUUUAUUGCUUUUUAACUGCCCUUUAAUAAAAGAAAAGGUAACCAUUUUUUUAAUAUUUACUUUUGGUUUCAUACACUAAAUAUAUGUUCAUGAUAUCAAAAUAAUUAAAUGGCAGGCCUACUUUCUGCAGUUUCGCUUUUAAUCCCUUUGGGUUUCAUUUAAUUGGUCUUAGCCUGGUAUUACUUUUUUUCAUUUUAUAUGAUGGUAACAGCAGGGGUCUGAAAGUCUACUGUAAUCCCACCUGAUGGUUAUGUAUGCACCUUGCAUAGUGUAGUUGUGGUUUAUAGUGCAGUGUAGCGUCAAGUGCACAGUGAAUAGUUCGUGGUAAAUUUUGUGAUGUGUGGUGAAAUGUGUGUUUGUAUGGUGAUGUAUAUUAUGUGUGCAGUGCAUAGUGUCAGAAGCCGGCUUCGGCUUUUCACUUGACCAAUCGCACGCAAUGUAUCAUUGCACUCAGUCGUGAGUUGCAGUCGAAAGGUGUCGAAUGAGAGUAAAGUUCCGCAUCUUGACGCUGCAUGCCACUUGCAGUAAGGCGUGUUGUGUGCCAUGCAGUUGCUGUAGCUGGUGUGAGCUUACCUGUGAUUAAUCUCACCUGUAAUUGUGCACUGCAAUGUUGCUGUAAUUGCUACGUAGAGCCAGGUGUUGGUGUAUUUUUUAUACGUGGAGGUAAUGUUUAGAGCAUGCCAUGCCCAACUCUGUAGACUAUUCAAAGUACAGGGAACACCCCCAUUUUAGAUUUGAGGUGGACUGGUGAGAUUACAUUAUUAAAAUAGUAAAUCAAAUAUAACUUAAAUUAAUAUUUCAAUGUUAAUCCAAAGACAUUUACUAGGUACUGUUUGACUGUUGAUUGAGUUAUUGGUGGUGAAGAUAUUCACAAUUAAGACGUUGAUAUUAAACACAUUCCUGCUAAGGGAGCUGGUAGGAACGUUGGGUUGCUCGGUCAAUGGCCAGGGUCAACGGCGGCAUGGUGUAUUCCGCAAAUAUGCCCGACUGUGAGGGCGGGCACAAGCUAGCGUGAGUAGGUUAAAUGUUGUUUUAUAAGGGCACCACGGGGUGACCAGCCCCUCCCCACCCAGCCCAAUCCCUCCCACCCCCUACCCAGCCUCUCCCCACCCAGCCCCUCCCUGCACGACGGACGGACACAAUAAUCCCCUGUGGCCUUGUGUAACCAGGAGGUUCCUACCAGUAAUAUUUCAAUAUAUAAGUUGGUUAUAAUUGGGUGUAGAAAAUGAACACUGGUGCUAAAUCCCAUCAAGAGGUACUGUGUGACGGAGGGUGAUAGGUUUGUGUUUGGUAAUGAUUACAGGUAUGAUACGUUAACUUUUUUCCAGUUAUAUUGUGUUUGCCGUUUUAUAGCGUGAAGUUUAAUAUUAGAAUUUCUCCGACCUAAGGCUGCCUUACUCUAGCGCCUACGGAGGGCUUCUCGGUGCUUGGCGUCUUGCCCAUUGCCCCCACUGAUGUCCUCUUCUUCCCCCCCCCCCCAUGUGUGCAGAUACUACUGAAUUUAACACAGCCUUUCGCAACCAAUAUCCAUAAUACAGUUUUUUUGGGUUAGAUCGCGUAAAUAGAUGUCGUUAAACGAGCCACCAACCGACACUGCCAAUUAGUAAGGUUUGUCACGUAAACAGAACAUGCCAAUUCGUGACGAGUACAGCAAAAUGUUGGACAGCCAAGCCAUAACGUUGACGGAGUACGAUGUUUUGCCAUUAAUUACAACUAUCUUCAUCAGGCGACAGCCAGAUUUGUGGAGAAGUCCACCUGUUUCUUUCCUUAGAGGGGUCGAUGUGAUUGCAACACUUGUGUGCUCUUCACGCGCGAAGUGGGGUGGGAGGGUGUGUCGACAAUUUUUGUAAACCGGUUGUAUCAACCUUUUUCCCCCACUGGGGGUGGAGGCAGGGCUCCACUUUCUUUCACUUUUUGAUUCAGGGCCUUCUGAAAGACGCUCAACUUACACCAUUGGAACCUCCUUUGCCAGUAGGAAAAUAUGAUAAUUAGUUUUUUACCCUUUUAUCUGGCAACAAAACUGACACAUUUACUGUUUUACAAGGAGUCGUGUUUGCAUUGACCACAAUACCUGCGGUCAGAAUGCAAACAAAAAAACACAAAGUGCGCCUUUUGGCGUCAUCUGGUCCAACACCAUGUGAGACUAGACUCUCGGGUGUGGACCAAUCAAUUUCAAGGACAGUGCAUACAUGAUCAGAGUUGUGUUUUUUUUGCAUUCCGACCGCAGGUAUUGUGGUCAAUGCAAACAUGACUCCUUGUAAGAAAAGUGUCAGUUUUGUUGCCAGAUAAAAGAGUAAAAAAACAAUUAUCACGCUCAACUUAGUUGGCAAACGGAACGCCGGGCUUUCAUAACAGGCUGGCGUCGCCCUUUUGGUGAUGGGUUUUUUCAUUAUAUUUACAGGUGUUAAUAACUUGCUUAUUUUGAUAACCAACUGGAAUCAAUAGAUAUAACAUAAUAGGAAGACAAUUAGAAUGAUUUGAUGAUGAAAAUUAAAGUUGUUUUGUGAUAGUUGAUUACAUUUAGUAUAAUUGUUGUGCAUUUAAAAUGCACAAAAUGGCCGGCAUACGGAUUUAGCCUGACAUUGAGUUAAUAGGGCGAGCAGAAUAGGUGUUUUGGCAGAGGUUCCAGUCUCAAUUCAAAACAAAGCUUUCAUGGUUAUUGUCAGUUAAAUAACCCAAAUGUACAUAUUACUAUAAUUUUACGUAUUAUUGCUUUAUUAAUAUAAGUAUGUAUUGUUUCAUUAAUGCAAUAUUGUUAUGGAAUGUAGCACAUUUAGGAGGCACUCCAAAUCUGUAGGCAUAUGUUUGAUGUGGAAUAUUUAAAUUUUUAUAGUUAAAUAAGAUGUUAAAUGUUAUAGGAUUUUAAAAGCGGCUUAUAAUUUAUAUUUGCGGUAGAUUAUGUGCUGAGGGACUGCUCUGAGGUGUUGUGUGACGUGGAAGGUGAUAGGGAUAUGUUUGGUCAUGAUUGCAGAUAUGCAAAUGCUCCUCGGAAGAACACUUUGAAAUAAAGCAUUUCCGUUUAACAAACCUCUGGUGCCCAUCUGUAGUGGAAUCACCCAGUUCUCAGGAGGACAGAAAACAAUGCAGAGUAUCUGCUCAUCCUCUCUGAGCUUCAUUGUUGUUUAUUUGGCCGCAUUAUCCCCUCGUUACGAUUCACGGGAGGACAGGGUGGGCCGGCUACACAUGGCAUUUCUCCAGUUUAUGUUCCAUGCUAGGUGCACUUUUAAGGCCACGUGAAAUGUGAAAGGCCCUCUGGCAGAUCACGUAACAGACCCAGGUGCCAUGGAUUGACUGAGAUGACUGGCAGACUCACCCCACCUGUGCUCCCCACUGUGCCACAGCGGUGCUUUUUAUCUGCCCUGCUCUCCGCUUGUUAUUGUGAGCGUUGCUUCUCUGCCCUUUGUUGCUGGAGGGUGACUGCCUCUUAAAUGUCAAGGAGCGUCCAUUCAUGAACCUCCUCCGUAGGAGCUCAUCUUGACACCUCUUGAACCAGUCAUCGGCAAGUCCACUCGGCUCCAGUGGUGACUUGGUCAUGAACUAAAUCACCAGAGGCAAGAUUCCAGACACAAGGGGUGGAAACCGCUAUUUGCUUGAGGUGCGAUGCCUUAACCAGGUUCAUACACCAGAUGCCCAGAUGAUGAGACAAACAGCGUCUGGAUGGACUGGGCACAAACCAGUGGCCACGUGAUGGGACGAGAUGAGCAUGUGCAGUGGCUAGUUGGACAGGCAGUAAUAGUAAUACUGCCGCAUCAACAGGACGACGAAAUAGGCUGAGCUUCAGCUAGGGCAAGCUGGGUGCGGGCUAGUCAUGAGCCAGAACAUGCAGGUGGUAAUCCUGUCAUGCUAAUUAUGUGAUGAGAUGAGCUUAACUUAGACAAGCUGGUUGUAGAGCACAGCAAACUUAUCACAAGCCAAGACGGGCAGGUGUGGUGGUUAAUACUGAAGCACCAAUCAAGAGAUGAGAUGAACUGGGUUUGAGUUAAGGUACAGCUCAGGCAGAUCCAGGGAGCAUCAUCUCUUGGUGGUGGGGAUAUUUUUCGAGCUCAUCCAUCCCCUUAAACAAAUCACUGCAAUACUAUGUCCAUCUUUUUUUUGAUUUCUUUAUCGCCGUUUGCCUCGGUUGCUACUUCAUAUUUGGGCUCUGGACUAGUUUGUGCACUUCCAUGGUCUUGUGUUCUCCAUACUUUAUAGUGCACUUCAUGUCACGUGUAUUUGUCCAGCCAGCAGGUCAGAUUAAGAUGAAUUAUAUCAGACGCAAAGAUAUUAAAACAAGUUCAGCAGGCAGGCAGGCAGGCCUGACAAUUAACACUUUUGUUACGUAUGUUUACCCAGGAAAGCCUCGCCUAUAUUCUGUGAAUAUCAAUUUAAAUUUCGAUUUAAAGCUUUCGUGACUGCAGGGAUUCAUCUUCUUGGUUCUUUCGGUAAAGUCACGUAGAAGGAAAAUAAUAAAAUAAUAAAAAUAAAACAAUAAAAUAAUUCUCACGACGUUUCGGCCACAACGCAAGUAGCCGUCCUCAGGUGAAACCAGGUCUGUCGAGGCGACAGCGUCUGAAUGAAACAGCACACGUGCUUGGAGCAUAUAUAUAAGCUGGGUUGGAAGGGGGGUGGGGGAAAGAGGGCGCCUUGACAAAAGAAUUUGCAUAUCAAGAGGAAUCCAGCAUACCCAUGGGAAAUGCAGGUAUGUGAUUAGUACUACUUGUGUCCGUGCAUUAUGCAGGAUUAGCAUCAUCACAGGGAGGGGAUAGGGGUAGCAUUAAUAAAGGGAGGAAGUGUUAAUAGUAUGUAGCUGCAGUAACUAAAACCACCACGU